GCCCUGCCCUCCCGAGGAGCGAAAGGGAGGCGAGCUCCUUGGGCCGCCUCUCUCCCCUCAGGCCGGCUUUUUCGGGUGGGCGAGGCUAGGCCGCGCAGCCGGCUGGCUGGGUGGGCGGUCCUCGGUUUCCAAGGGAACCGGCUGGAAGCCGUGAGCGAGCGAGCGAUCGCGCGCGCGCCCGGGGCUCCUUCCGCUAACCGCCGCUGUUGUCGUCGCUGCGGCUUCUGCUGCCGCCACCGCCAUGUUGAUGCUGGGCCGCGGGCUGGACGCCAGGGACAACCAGACUCGUCAAGUACGAGAAUCUGUGUCAAAAGUGGAAAAACACUUUGGUGAAUUGUGCCAAAUAUUUGCAGCAUAUGUACGAAAAACUGCCAGACUGCGAGACAAAGCCGAUCUUCUAGUAAAUGAGAUUCAUGCUUAUGCAGCUACAGAAACACCAAGUUUAAGGAAUGGAUUGAAAAACUUUGCAAAUGAGUUUUCCAAACUUCAAGAUUAUCGCCACGCAGAGGUAGAAAGACUUGAAGCAAAAGUUGUUGAACCUCUGAAAUGUUAUGGGACCAUCAUAAAACUUAAGAGAGAGGAUCUCAAAGCAACUUUAUCAGCAAAGAAUCGAGAAGCGAAACAGCUCUCUCAGCUUGAAAAGACGCGUCAACGAAAUCCAUCAGACCGGCACAUUAUUUCACAGGCUGAAAGUGAAUUACAAAGAGCUUCAUUGGAUGCCACGCGGACAAGUCGGUACUUGGAAGAAACCAUUGACAACUUUGAAAAACAAAAAAUAAGAGAUAUAAAGAAUAUCUUUUCAGAAUUUGUAACAAUUGAAAUGCUAUUCCAUGGGAAAGCCUUAGAAAUUUACACUGCUGCCUACCAAACUAUACAAAAUAUUGAUGAGAAUGAAGACCUAGAGCAGAUUUCCAGAAAUCCAUUGAAAAAGGAGGAGGAAGAUGAAGAGUAUGACAAUGAGGAUGAAUAUGAAGAUUAGCAUUAAAACCACCAAGGAAGAGAGCACCUUUGAGACUAGAAAGCGCUUCCCCUGCAAAUUGUUAUUUUUCAUUGUGUUGCUGCUCGGUGAUGGACACAAUUAAGACUUUAAACUACAGUAAAGAAAGAACUGAACACUGUUACCUGACAAUUAUGAUUUUUUAAUGGUAUGAAAUUUAAUGGUCCACUAAAAGUAGAUUCAGCAAUA